GACAUCGCGACUUUCGUAUUGUUUAUAAACUUUUAAGUUUUCUUUAACGAAAUGCUCAAAUAAUUACUCAUAAUGGCUUCUAAAUUUGGUGAUACGUCUCCUGUUCAAGAAGGACCGAGGAAUGUGAAACAAGAGCGACAACAAGUCCCAAAACUAGGUCGAAAGAAAAAUGAUUUUUUUGACAAACUGGAUUCACUCGAACGAGAAUAUAUUGCUUUAGAAAAGGAAAGAAAUACAAUGAUGUUCAGUCGACGUAGUGAUUUUAGAAAAGAAUAUUCCAGCUUAGAAGAAUCUGAAGUGAAGACAACAUCUGAAAGAAUGACGGAAAAACAAACUAUCAAGCAGCAGUUAAYCAAGAUAAAAAUCAAUGUUGACAAGUUUCAGAGAGAGCUUGUUGAUGUCAAACCAACACCGGCCUUUGUACAAAAAUUGAAAGAAAUGAUGGAAGAUAUUGAAAAUUGUAUUAUGGUCUUCAAAGAACAACAAAGAAAAAUUUAUGAUGAUUUAAUACAUGGUGAAAGGACAACACAACAAGAGAUUAAAUCACUUGAGAAAAAAUUUGAAUCCUGGUCACAGCUGCCAGCACCCACAACUGCUGCUGUAACCAACAAGAAAGCAGCAAAUGCUGUUGUGGCGACAUCCAUGCCUCCUGCAGUUGCAGCAUUUGAGAAAUUUGUUCUUCAAACUGGUGGUCAUCAAGGAGGAUGGGACGAUUAUGACCAUCAACUGUUCUUGAAGCUAAAGGCCAAACACAAGAACAAGGAAGCUUUCCUAAAUGUCGCAGGACAGUCAAUACCAGGUAAGAGUCCAGACGAAGUACGGCAGCAUCACGACUGGUUCCUGGAAUAUAUGGAUUUAAAAGAAAGCAAAAGGAAAGCGAUACUGGAAUGGAGACAACACAAAGAGGCYGAGAAAGAAGAUUUGAUGGUCAAAACAACAGAAGACGACGAUGAAGACGAAGAAGGGAUUCUAAAGAAGAAUGAAAGACUUGAAAGAGAGAGAAGCGAGCGACUUGCAAGGCUUAAAGGCUACAAAGAACAAAAGGAACAAGAGAAAGCGCGGAGAGAAGAACUGAAACAGAUGGAAGAACAGAAAAAAAGAGAAGAACGAGAAAAAGAGGAAAGAAGAAGGCUUGCUCUGAAGGCACAAGUCGAAGAAUACACGCGACGACGCGCAGAAGAAGAAGAAAUUUUGAAAGAGGCUCAUGACGCACGUCAGGAACAACUACGUUUAGAAAAUCAAUUAUCCGCCAGCGAACUGGCGAGAAUACGAGAAAGGAAUUCAAAGAUGUURCAGGAAAAGAAGUCUAAAAUAAAAGCUCGCGAAGAAGAAAUUCACGAAAAACAAAAACGUCUAGAAAAACUCAAAAGUCAGGUUGAAGUGAAGGCUGAGAGAGAUCCGUCUCGUUUGUACAAAUUAACGCGCGGCUGGGAGGAAAGACGGAAAGACACUCAAAGCGGAAGYGGACAAGUGCUACACAUGCCUCACAGAGCCGUCCCAUCGUGGCGCCAAGGGAUGUCUUAAUCUUCAAACAAGUUGAAAGUUUCAAAGCUCCAGGUUUAGGAUUGGAAUUAUGUAUAAUUAUGGAUAUGUUGUCUCUCUAAAUUUUGUAUUMAUUUUGAAGUUGUAUAUACUAAAGAAUAUAAAACUGGACUCAAAUUGACAACAAAUUUGGUACUGAAAAAAAUGCAAAACUGAUAAUGUAGAAAACRUGUCUUCUGGCAAUGACAGGGAAACUCGAGAUUCCCUGCAAGGGAACGUGCGGAACAAUUCGCUACAGCUACUUGUACGCUUGUAUUGCUAUUUCGCACUUUUGCGGUCCGCUCGUUCCUCGCUGUUUUUUUAUGUGUUGGGAAAAUGAACGGACUCCUAGCAAUGAAGAAAACUGCACACCAAUCAAUGUUAAUCACUACACGAGAUGUCAAAUCGUAGAAGUAGGAUCAAAGAUCGCAAAGAAAGGAAUCACAAAUGAAGGCGUGGGUGGGGGUGUGGUGUUGGUAUAAUCUAGUUAAGUAAAUAAAAAUAAAUAAGAAAGAUA